AGUCGAACAAAAUGUCAAGUUCAUUUGAGGACUCCGUUGUGUUCGUUUUUCCAUGAAAAUUUCUUUGCAAUUUAAACUGACACUAUUUCCCAUACAGAUUCAUGAUGACUUGAUAGAUGUCCUCAUAGAAAAUUCACAGAACAACCCGUGUAUAUAAAUCAUGUAAUCUAUACUUUUUCGUUGCGUAACUGUAUUUGAAAUAAAGGAAGAUACACUGCAUCAGUUCAGAGACCUUCUAGAUUAGAAAACUACAAGGAAGACUUUCUAAAAAGGGGUCCAUCAAGGAAUGGACCAAAUUCAUGACUCUGUAGCAUGGUAUCAGAAAAAGAUUGGUCUUCAUGAUAAACAAUUGUGGGAACAGAGUGUAGAUCGUAAAGUUUUAAGGGGUAUCAGAAAUGCACCAAGAAGAUCAGUUAGAGCCAAAACAGAGUUCAUAGAUGUUGAUUUAAUCAGAGGUUCAACAUUUACUAGAGCCAAGCCACAGGUAUCAUGGACAUACAUAGCACACAAAGCUAUAAGUCGUGUAUUGUUCUUUCCCUUUCAUUAUAAAUGGUGGUUACAGCAGACAUCAAAGAGAUUCUUUGCCUUCCUUUUGAUCCUGUAUACAUUACAAUUAUUGACAACUAUUGUUUUUUGCCAGAACGUGGGUGCUAAGCUAGCACAAGAUGAGCUGACAUUAUGUGAAGUAUUUUUCCCCAUUUUAUUGAUGUUACUUCUUGGUUAUAUUCACUCCACAACAGUUGUAUCCCAGUCUCAUGUCUCACAUAGAUCUCAAAGGGAUAUCAAAUCUAUUAGAGAAUAUCAGAUCAGGAGAAAAAGGACAUUAUCAUCUUCAUCACCGAAUCAUGGUUGUGAUAAACCAUCAAGAAAUUCGUCAACACUACCACAGGAUGUUGACAGAAAGUCACCUCCUAGUGUCGACAGACGUCCCAAGAGAGUUGUGAAAAAUAAGGAGUUUGUUGUGAAAACAAAGAAAAAUGGCGGAAUUGAAAGUAAAUCUGUAAGUUGGAGCGAUGCAUAUCAAGAAGAAGCGUUGAGAAUUGUUCCGGAUGAUCGAAUUAAAAAACAGGAAAGUCAAGAUAGUGAAACAUACACAACUGAUGAGGAGAAUAAUGGUUCUCUCAAAAGAGCCGAGAGUUUUGAUUCAGAAAUAGAAAAAACUACAAAUGAUUCAAAAGGGGAGAUAACUAGAGAUAAUCUUGAAAACUUGACUCCUCCCUUGUGUGGGAAACCAGAAGAAAUCACCGGAAAUUGUAAAAUUGAUACAGAUAAAAAAGAAAAAAGUCAAUUAGAAUUAAAACUUUCCCCAGGUGGUAUAUCAAAUCAAGAGAAUGGUGCUAAAAAACAUAAACAUAACAAUUGCCAUAGCCACACAGGUAUAGAUGUGUUGUCCAGUGAUAUGCAUUUGGCAGAAAAAUGUGACAAUAUUAUUGAAGGACUAAAAAUUCCCAAUUUUACUGAUGGUACCAUUCGUAAAGUGGAAAAUUUAACUGCAGAGGAAGCUGUGGAUUUUAUGAACCCAUCUACAGAUAGUUUGAGCUCUAUAACAAGCUCCAGUUCUGCUCCCGAGUCCAAUACAUUAGAGUAUGAAGGUACCAGUGAUUUUGAUACCUUUGCUGUAGGAGGCAGUGGGGUAACAGAUUAUAAACAGUCAGAUAAAGUGCAAGCCAAAGACAACAAACCAGGAUCCAGUUCUUAUAGAAAUCCAAGGGAACAGUUGAAUAUUUUAAGACAUGGAGAGACUCAAAGUGAGGAUAGUGGAAUUGAUUUUACAAACAAAACUCUAUUGUUCAGGUCAGAAUCUGUUCCCCUGCCUUUGUCAAUACCGAAACCUAAAAAGGAAGUGAUGUCAGAUACUGAUCCAGAAAGGAAUAACUCUGGUUCUGAAUCAGACAAAGAAACUCAAUUAAAGGCUAAAACUGUCCUUCUUCAGGGCUUGAGAAGACGAAGCCAUACUGUUGGAGAUGAAAGCAGUGAGUCUGGACCAUUUUAUAGAACUAAGAGAACAAUAACUAGAAAUAAGGAAAGUUUAAAGAAAGAUAUCAGCUCCUCAGAUGGUGAAACAAGCCAAGCCAGUCAUGCUAGUGUCCAUAAGAUGACCAGCUCUGAUUGGGAAGAUAGGGUACAAUCUGAUGAUACCACUUCCACAUAUUCCAGUAGUUGUGGAUCAGAUGUUGAACUUGGAAAUGAGGCGGGGCAAGAAACAUCAACGACAGUGUUGAACUCUUCAUCAGCCAAUCAAACGGCAGGAGAGAACAACAUACACGUAAUAAAUCUCCUUCAACCUCCUACAAGUAGUUCAGCUUUAGGUCACCAUUAUGUACCACCGGAUAAAGUAAGCUGUGUCAUCUGGGAGAAGGGAGAAUGUCAGAAAUUAGAUUUAACUGCCUUAGAGUUAGGCUGGACCAUCAUAGAGAAAGUAGACGAUAUUCCAGAGAGUUCAGACUACAUACUCAUAGGAUUUACAUUCUCUGUCUUAUUGUGUCUUGUACCGCUAGUAUUCCGUCUUUAUCAUGUCAAAGAAUUUCCUAGCUUAAUGAGUCUGGAAAUCAUCACUUUUUUAUCCAAAGUUUGGUGCUGUUUGAUGCAUAAUUCAUGGAGGUUGAAUCUUAUCAUGAUGAAUGGUAUUAUCCAGAGAUUCUGGCUGAGUUCUGUCUUCUUUUUCCUUCUGUCUGUGGCUGACAGAACAUUUAAACAGAGGUUACUGUAUGCCAAACAUUUCUGCUACUUAACAUCAUCAAGGAGGGCAAAGAAAUUUGAUAUGCCACACUUCAGGUUAAACAAAGUCAGAAAUAUUAAAACAUGGUUGUCUAUCAGGUCUUAUUUAAAGAAACGAGGUCCCCAGCGAUCUGUAGAUGUGAUUGUAUCAGCGUCAUUCCUAAUCACCAUAGUGCUCAUAACAUUGAUGUGUUUACAGUUAUUAAAAGAUGCAGACACAUAUUUAGAUUUCCUGUGUAACUGGGAGUUACUAUUCUGGAGUAUGACACUAGGUGUCUAUCUCUUCAGAUUUCUCACCCUUGGUCUGAAAAUCAACAAAAAGUAUCGUAACCUAUCUGUACUCAUCACGGAACAGAUUAACUUGUAUCUGCAGAUGGAACAGAAACCUCACAAGAAAGAGGAACUAAUGGUAGCUAACAAUGUACUCAAACUAGCCGAGGAUCUACUCAAGGAACUUGAAAGUCCGUUUAAAGUAUCAGGGAUAACAGCUAACCCAGUGAUUUAUAAUAUAACCAGAGUUGUGGUGCUGUCAGCAUUUUCUGCUGUUCUUACCGAACUUCUUGGAUUUAAGCUCAAGCUCUAUAAAAUUAAACUCAAAGCUUAAUGAAGACACAUGUUUCAUCUAACAGUCCCUCACACAGUUUCAGGGAGUUAGAUCAAGUUUUACAGAAUCAAGUGGAGUACAAAAGCUUCGACAUAGGCACUACACAAACAUAUUCAACUGGGUCAAACUUCAGUCAUUGUAAAGAAAAGGCAGCCAGCCAUACAGUCAUCUAUAAAACUAGUGCUAAAGAGAUUUAUAUUAAGUUUUAUAAUGGUGGAAUAGAAUUAAGUUCUUCAGACGCCUGGCUUUAAGCUCAAAAUUCUAUAAAAUGAGGUCAUGUUCCUUAUAAAGGUUGUAGUAUUUUCAUUGUUAGGUUUUCAUUGACUUAAUCAAACAGUUGAUUGAGUCAAAACAUGUUAAAAUUUACUUGAUAUAAAUUUUAUUUUGACCCUUAUUUUGAAGGGCUCACUAGUAAUCAUCAUCUUAGUCAGUAAGUUCAUUUUGUCUAGCUAUACUGUAAAUUCAGAAAUCAUAGAGUGUAUUUAUUGUUGCAAUUUUGUAAGAAAGGACAAAAAUAGGAGAUUAAUAAUUGCAAUUUCCUCAAAUUCUGCAUCAUAUAUCAGAAUGAAACUUCUUAUUAUUGAGAUACUCACCCAGUCCCAUUAUUCUAAAUAAUCUCUGAAUUUACAGAAUCUUAAUAUACAUGUAACUAUUUUUUUCAGUCUAUUAGAUUUCAAUUAUUUGAGUGUGCAUAAAAGUAAAGGUUGCUUUGGUUUUUUGAACCUUGAUAUAAUAUUUCUUGGGGUUCAUUAUAUAUUAAUUAUUAUAUGAGUUCAACCAAUUUAAGUAAAUUUCAUUGGUACAUGAGAACCACAAUUUUAAUAUUCAGAGAAUGAUAAAUUUUCUUUAGGCUCAUAUACAGACUUUAAAAUUGCCAAAACCACCAAAUCAAUUAUCUGCAAAAUUUCAUUUAAUGAUUAUUUCCUAAAUCCACAAAAAAAUGUAUCUAUGAAAAUAAAAAUUCCAAAGUAACUGUAUAUAUAAUCUAACUAGUCAACCUGUUUUUUUUGGUCAUCCUUUUGUUAAAUGCCCAAUGAUUUGUUAGGCCAGUAUGAAUAGCAUAGUAUUAUUCUUUUAAUGGGUAUUUAUAUUGAUAACAAACAUGGAUUUUGGUGAGGUUCUUGUUACUCAAUCUAUAUAUUUUUUUAUGUAGUGUAAUGUGGUCUUGUUGGUAUUUGGUCUUUAUUCAUACUGUUUGCCAUAGGUUUUUUCUACCUUUUAGUAAGUUUUGAAUAACUUUCUGGUAUCUCCAGCCAUUUGUAUGCUUCUUGUAUAGUAAACAAGCAAAUUAAACUUCAUUUAAUCAUUGUUCACACUAGAGAAUAUAUGCUAAAAAUACAACAUUGACUAUUUGACUUAAAAAAAUUAAUGGUACCAAUUUUCUUGCACUAGAUGCGCAUUUUGACAACACAUGUCUCUUCAGUGAUGCUCGUGGACAAAAUAUUUGAAAUCCAAAGCUUAAAUAAAAGAUGAAGAGCUAUAAUCCAAAAGGUCCAAAAAGUAUAGCCAAAUCCGUGAAAGGAAUCAGUAAAUUAGUAAUACAUGUAGUUUAAUAUUUAAACAUUUGCAAAAUAUAUAUAUAUAUAUUGUAUACAAUACACACUUUCUGUUAUCUGGAAAGAUCUCAAGAGUCAUACAAAUAUAGUUCAAUAUUGUGUUAGUUCUAUUGUGAAUCAUUAAUCAUCUUAAGACAUAGUUUAUACACUAGUAAGAAUUUGUUGCAUCUCUUUUAUGUUUUUUUCAAAAACUGAAUUUCAAUAGAUGACAAGCAGGUUCUGUAUAUGUGCAUUAAAAAAAGUAAUGAUGUGCAUCUUCCACUUUAUAUUAAUAAUUCUAACAUUAUCUGUUUAUUUGUUAAUUGAACUAAAAUGGCUCAAUCUGGCUAUAUAACCCUUUUAGAGCAAUAGAAAAUAAUCUCCCUUUAAAAUUUUAUGAUAAGUUAAUUAAUAUAUAGCCUGCACUUGCAUAAAAUGCACAUUUUAGCUGUAAAAAUUCAUUUUUCUUCAUGAAUUGUUGGUAAAGAAAUAACAGUUUCUCCACAGGGCAACUUUCCAUUUGAAUAUUUUUCAAUAUAGUAAAUUGUCCAAUGAGUAGAACUUAUACACCUAAGGAUUCAUAUUAAACUGACUUCAAAGUCCCAUGUGUAGUUUUUUUAAUUGCAAUAUUUUACACUUACUUUUCCAUUGAUAGUAUUUGAAUACUUUUUGAUUUUCUUAUUCACUGAUUCAUUAUUUUUAUGAGUCAUAUACAUUUAUGUUUAUCAUAUAUUUUAUGAUAUAUUAUUUUGUAGAUGAUAAAUUAUGUAUAGUAAUGAUAAAGGGAGUUGUAAAUA